CGGGCAAAGGGAGGCGGAGGAGGGAGAGACCCGCGCCCAGCCUUCCUCCGGCUUCCACCCCGGGUCCCAUGCUCCCCAGCCGCCCUCUCCAUGCAGGGGGAUCCUUCCCGCCCCCUGUCUGAGGAAGAGCCCGAGUGGGGGGAGGGGAGGGUCUGCCUUGCGGAGGCCCAGCAGGAGGGGAGAGAAGCCGGGCGAGGAGGAGGCAGGAUUCGCACCAGGCUCCCUGUCUCCGGAGGGGGAGAGAAGCGGGGCGGCCUCUCCAGCUGCCUCCUUCCCGGCCCUGCUCGGGGGCACCUCAGUCCUGCGCUGGGAUGAGCCUCUUGGGGCUCCGGGGAGGUUGGGGGAAGGUCGCUCAGUGGCUGAAUUCCACUUUCUAAUUCUUAAUAUUCAUUUUUUCUUCCCAUCUCAGAUACAGAAGCUGGAAGCCAUUUGUGGUCUUUGCAAGGCAAACUGUUCUCUUGGGGGAAGAAGAAAAAGAGCGGAAUCCCUUGCAGGGAUCAGUCCUGCAGCCCCAGAAAUGGUCCCGUGAAGGAAAAGGCAUCUGGAGACCCACCAGAGUCCUUGGAUCCAUUUGCAGUUGCUCUGCAGGACAGAGAAAGGAUGGAGACACAACCUUUUGGAAAGGAGGGAAGCGGAAAAGGCCCUUCAGCUGCUCAGCCUGGGAAGGGGGGGAAGCUCUGGACAAGAACCAGGCAGAAGAUCCUGGAGGAGGAAACCAUCCUCCCUUCAGAAGUUCAUCCCUGGACCUCCAUCCAAUACCGGGAGGCUGAGGGUCCCCGAGGACUUUGCAGCCGACUCCAUGGCUUUUGCAGGCGAUGGCUGAGACCAGAAAAGCACACCAAAGCCCAGAUGCUGGACCUGGUGGUUCUGGAGCAGCUCCUCUUCCUUCUGCCCCCAGAGGUGGAGAGCUGGGUGCGGGAGUAUGGAGCAGAGACCAGCUCCCAGGCGGUGGCCCUGGUGGAAGGCUUCCUCCUGAGCCAGUUGGAGGAGCAGAAGGAGCAGGCUGAGUUGCAGUGCUGCACUGUGGAGAUCAGAGAUCCUGAGGGAAAGAAGAACCCAUCAGUUCCCCCCCAGGAGCUAUUUUUCAGGAGGAUCCCUUGGGAGGAUCAAAGUCAGGACACCUCAGGAGAGAAACAAAGAAUGAAAUUUUCUGGUUUUUAUGACGGUGAUCAAACAGCAGUUGAACUUCUAAAUCAAGAGAGUCUUGUGUCCUUCGAGGAGGUGGCUGUGUAUUUCUCUGAGGAGGAAUGGUCUCAGCUGGAUCCUGACCAGAAAGCUCUGCAUUCGGAAGUCAUGCUUGAAAACUAUAGGAACGUGGUCUCUCUCGGUAAUAAUGGUCAGGAGAAUCAAGAUUCCUGUGAACUGUUCCAAGUGAACAAUGCUAAAGAUGGAACGGAGAAGUUUGGAAUUCGAAUGGAACAAGAAACCCAUGAUAGAAACCAGUCAAAUGAUUGGAAUCAGGAAAGCUCAUCUUCUACCGAUGCUCCGAUGCAAGACUUUCUUGCCCAACAGGAGAAAAUAAGGAAAAAAUAUAUUGGGGAAAGUGUGAAGCCAAUCAAAGCUAAAUUACAAGUAAAAGAACACUAUUUAAGCCAAAACAAAGCAGAAAAUACUUUAAGGAGAUACAGCGGACAAAGUUACAAUGGGACAUUCAUUCCUUCUCUUGGAAAUAAGUUCCUUACAUCUCAAAAAGUGAUAGAUACAAAAGAGAAGCCUUACAAAUGUUUGGAAUGUGGAACAUGUUUUAGAACAAGCAGGCAACUUACUUCCCAUGAAGGGAUUCACACUCGGGAGAAGCUAUACAAAUGCAGAGAGUCUGGUAACAGGUUCAGAAGACGUAGUAAUCUUAUUUCCUCUAAAAGGAUCCAGGCAGUGGAAAAGCCAUUUAAAUGCAUGGAGUGCAAAAAAACCUUUGCUCGAAGAAGUAGUCUUAUUUCCCAUAAGAGAAUCCACACAGGGGAGAAGCCGUAUAAAUGCAUAGAGUGCGGAAAAACCUUUGCUCAAAGAGGACAUCUUAUUUCCCAUAAGAGGAUCCACACAGGGGAAAAGCCAUUUAAAUGCAUGGAAUGUGGAAAGACCUUUGCUCACAGCAGUGUCCUAAGAGCACACGAAAGGCUCCACACAGGAGAGAAGCCGUAUAAAUGCAUGGAAUGUGGAAAGACCUUUGCUCAUAGAAAUGGACUUACUAUCCACAAAAUGAUCCACACAGGAGAAAAGCCAUUUAAAUGCAUGGAGUGUGGAAAGACCUUUGCUCAAAGAGGUCAUCUUAUUCGCCAUAAGAGGAUCCACACAGGGGAGAAGCCGUAUAAAUGCAUGGAGUGUGAAAAGACCUUUGCUCAAAGAGGUCAUCUUAUUUCCCAUAAGAGGAUCCACACAGGGGAAAAGCCAUUUAAAUGCAUGCAGUGUGGGAAAACUUUUCCUUGUAGCAACGAACUUAUAUUCCAUAAAAAGAGACACAUGGGAGAGAAACCAUAUAAAUGUAUGGAAUGUGGAAAGACCUUUGCUCAGAGCAGUGGACUUAGUUGCCACAAAAAGCUCCACACAGGAGAAAAGCCAUUUAAAUGCAUGGAAUGUGGAAAGACCUUUGCUCAAACAGGUCAUCUUAUUUCCCAUAAGAGGAUUCACACAGGGGAGAAACCGUAUAAAUGCAUGGAAUGUGGAAAUACCUUUGCUCAAAAAAGUCAUCUUAUUUUGCAUAAGGUGAUCCACACAGGGGAGAAACCGUAUAAAUGCAUGGAGUGUGGAAAGACCUUUGCUCGAAGAGGUCAUCUUAUUCGCCAUCAAAUGAGCCACACAGAGGAGAAGCCAUAUAAAUGCAUGGAGUGUGGAAAAACCUUUGCUCAAAGAGGUCAUCUUGUUCACCAUAAGAGGAUCCACACAGGGGAGAAACCGUAUAAAUGCAUGGAGUGUGGAAAGGCCUUUGCUUAUAGUAAUGGACUUACUAGCCACGAAAUUAUCCACACAGGGGAAAAGCCAUUUAAAUGCAUGGAGUGUGGAAAAAACUUUGCUCAAAAAGGUAGUCUUAUUCGCCAUAAGAGGAUCCACACAGCGGAGAAACCGUAUAAAUGCAUGGAAUGUGAAAAGACCUUUGCUCAAAGAGGUAAUCUGAUUCGCCAUAAGAGGAUUCACACAGGUGAGAAACCCUAUAACUGCAUGGAGUGUGGAAAAAUCUUUGCUCGAAGAGGUCAUCUUGUUCACCAUAGGAGGAUACACACAGGGGAGAAGCCCUAUAAAUGCAUGGAGUGCGAAAAGGCCUUUAUUCAGAAAGAGAGUCUUGUAGUACACGAAAGGCUCCACACAGGGGAGAAGCCAUAUAAAUGCAUGGAUUGUGGAAAGACCUUUGCUCAAAGAGGUCAUCUAAUUUCCCAUAAGAGGAUCCACACAGGGGAAAAGCCAUUUAAAUGCAUGGAGUGUGGAAAGACCUUUGCUGAGAGCUCUGCCUUAAGAACACAUGAAAGGCUCCACACAGGGGAGAAACCAUAUAAAUGCAUGGAAUGUGGAAAGAGCUUUGCUCAGAGCUCUGUCCUAAAAGCACAUGAAAGGCUCCACACAGGGGAGAAAGUGUAUAAAUGCUUGGAGUGUGGAAAAACCUUUGCUCGAAGAGGUCAUCUUAUUUCCCAUGAGAGUAUCCACACAGGGGAAAAGCCAUUUAAAUGCAUGGAGUGCGGAAAGACCUUUGCUCGAAGAGGUUAUCUUGUUUCCCAUGAGAGUAUCCACACAGGGGAAAAGCCAUUUAAAUGCAUGGAGUGUGGAAAAACCUUUGCUCGAAGAGGUCAUCUUGUUUCCCAUGAGAGUAUCCACACAGGGGAGAAGCCGUAUAAAUGCAUGGAAUGUGGAAAGACCUUUACUCAUAGAAAUGGACUUACUCUCCACAAAAUAAUCCACACAGGGGAAAAGCCAUUUAAAUGCAUGGAAUGUGGAAAAACCUUUGCUCGAAGAGGUCAUCUUGUUUCCCAUGAGAGUAUCCACACAGGGGAAAAGCCAUUUAAAUGCAUGGAGUGCGGAAAGACCUUUGCUCGAAGAGGUUAUCUUGUUUCCCAUGAGAGUAUCCACACAGGGGAAAAGCCAUUUAAAUGCAUGGAGUGUGGAAAAACCUUUGCUCGAAGAGGUCAUCUUUUUUCCCAUAAGAGGAUCCACACAGGGGAGAAGCCGUAUAAAUGCAUGGAAUGUGGAAAGACCUUUACUCAUAGAAAUGGACUUACUCUCCACAAAAUGAUCCACACAGGGGAAAAGCCAUUUAAAUGCAUGGAAUGUGGAAAGGCCUUUGCUCAAAGAGGUCAUCUUAUUUCCCAUAAGAGGAUCCACACAGGGGAAAAGCCAUUUAAAUGCAUGGAGUGUGGAAAAACCUUUGCUCAGAGCUCUGUCCUAAGAGCACACGAAAGGCUCCACACAGGGGAGAAAUCAUAUAAAUGCAUGGAAUGUGGAAAGAGCUUUGCUCGAAGAGGUUAUCUUGUUUCCCAUGAGAGUAUCCACAGAGGGGAAAAGCCAUUUAAAUGCAUGGAGUGCGGAAAGACCUUUGCUCAAAGAGGUUAUCUUGUUUCCCAUGAGAGUAUCCACAGAGGGGAAAAGCCAUUUAAAUGCAUGGAGUGCGGAAAGACCUUUGCUCAAAGAGGUCAUCUUGUUUCCCAUAAGAGGAUCCACACAGGGGAAAAGCCAUUUAAAUGCAUGGAGUGCGGAAAAACCUUUGCUCAGAGCAGUGUCCAACGAGCACAUGAAACGCUGCACACAGGGGAGAAGCCGUAUAAAUGCAUGGAAUGUGGAAAGACCUUUGCUCAAAGAGGUAAUCUUAUUUCCCAUAAGAGGAUCCACACAGGGGAGAAACCGUAUAAAUGCAUGGAAUGUGGAAAGAUCUUUGCUCAAAGAGGUCAUCUUAUUCGCCAUAAGACAAUCCACACAGGGGAGAAACCAUUUAAAUGCAUAGAAUGUGGAAAGAUCUUUGCUCAAAGAGGUAGUCUUAUUCGCCAUAAGAUGAUCCACACAGGGGAGAAACAAUUUAAAUGCAUGGAAUGUGGAAAAACCUUUGCUCGAAGAGGUCAUCUUAUUCGCCAUAAGACAAUCCACACAGGGGAGAAACCAUUUAAAUGCAUGGAAUGUGGAAAGAUCUUCGCUCAAAGAGGUAGCCUUAUUCACCAUAAGACGAUCCACACAGGGGAGAAACAAUUUAAAUGCAUGGAGUGUGGAAAAAUCUUUGCUCGAAGAGGUCAUCUUAUUCGCCAUAAGACAAUCCACACAGGGGAGAAACCAUUUAAAUGCAUGGAAUGUGGAAAGACCUUUGCUCAAAGAGGUAAUCUUAUUUCCCAUAAGAGGAUCCACACAGGGGAGAAACCGUAUAAAUGCAUGGAAUGUGGAAAGAUCUUUGCUCAAAGAAGUCAUCUUAUUCGCCAUAAGACAAUCCACACAGGGGAGAAACCAUUUAAAUGCAUGGAAUGUGGAAAGAUCUUUCCUCAAAGAGGUAGUCUUAUUCGCCAUAAGACGGUCCACACAGGGGAGAAACAAUUUAAAUGCAUGGAGUGUGGAAAAACCUUUGCUCGAAGAGGUCAUCUUAUUUGCCAUAAAACAAUCCACACAGGGGAGAAACCAUUUAAAUGCAUGGAAUGUGGAAAGGCCUUUGCUCGAAGAGGUCAUGUUAUUCGCCAUAAGACCAUCCACACAGGGGAGAAACCAUAUAAAUGCAUGGAGUGUGGAAAGGCCUUUGCUCAGAAAGGUAGUCUUACUUCUCAUAAAAGGAUCCACGCUCAGGGGAAACUGCAUAGCAAUAGUAAUUCCACUUAGACUUAUAUAACACUGCACAAUGCUUUACAACACUCUCUGAGCAGUUUACAAAGUCAGCAUAUGGUCUCCAGCAAUCUGGGUCCUCAUUUUACCCACCUCAGAAGGAUGAAAGCUGAAUCAACCAUGACCCUGUCAGAAUCAAACUUCUGGCUGUGGGCAAUUAGCCUAUAGUACUGCAUUCUAACCACUGAUCCACCACAUCUCUAUAGAUUUUGAUCUGUAUGCAUAUUGUGCCUUUUGGAUCCAAAUGAGACAAGGUAGAAUCCAAGAAAAUGAAAUUUAAUGUGGAGAAAAGUAACCUUUUACACCUGGGCAGGAAAAACAGAUUACCUGAAACCUGGCUCGAACAUAGUAACUGUGAAGGGUCCUUGGAGUCCGAAUGGAUGAUCAAUUAAGCAUGAAUCACCUGUGUGCGGCAGCAGCCAAAAAAGCGAAUAAAAUCCUUGGUUGUAUAAACAGAGGCAUAGAAUCAAAAUCACAUGAAGUAUUAGUACCGCUCUAUAAAGCCUUAGUAAGACCAUACCUGGAAUACUGGUUGAUUCAGGAGAUUUCAAACGCUUCUGCGUAUGUGCAGAAGAGCGUGUGCAUGCACGAGGGCCCCCGCUGCAAACCGGUAGUAAAGGUAAGUAGAACCCACCUCUGGGGGCGGGGGCACUGAGGAGGAGUUUGUAGUACCAAGGGGGCUGAAAAAGAAGCCCAACAAAUCGAUGAUAUUUUACAAAUUUUAUAUUUUUGAAGGUUUCUGAAGUAACUAAUUCAUCAACUUUUUUUUCGUAUGGACCCUUUUCCUUUCGAAGCAUUUGAAAUGCUUUAAUAGAUCUUAUCGCAAGUUCUUCAGCCUUUAUUAUGUGUACAUGUUUUGCUUGCAGUGCAUUUGAAAGAAGAGAAAUUUCAUUUAGAAUAUCAAUCAUCAAUGCCAAAUCAGUUAUAAAAUAGAUAUUUUCAAGACGGACAGCCAUACCUAAGUAUUUUUCAUUUGAAUGAAAACAGUGAUGUAGCGCUGGAUAAGCGGGCCACACAGCUAGGGUUGACCUUAAACUACAGGCAGCCCAUCGUGGUCCCAAAAUACUACCAAUUUUUAUAAUUUCAAUUCCAAGUUGUUCCGAUAUUUUGGUAAGUUCAAUUUGGUUCUUAUUGGAUUGAUGAAAAAUAGUAUAUAGCUUAUCAAUAAAUAUUUUAAAAUGAUUUACUUGCUUUAUUUCCUUUAUCAAAUCAUCUAAAACAAGUUGGAGGCGGUGGUUUAAACAGUGCCAGAUUACUAUGUUUGGAAACUCUUUUGCUAUCCUGGUGCUCACUCCAGAUUUUCUCCCAAGCAUAACGCUGGCGCCAUCAGAGCAAAAUCCUAUUAAAUUUUUUUUUAGAUAGUUCUUAGUAAGCCCAACAUUAUUUAAACUUUGCAUGACUGAAGAAUAUAUUGUCUCUGCAUCUUGUUUUUCCAAUUCAAUUAGCUCAAGGAAAAUCGUUGGUGAUGUAUCUGAAUCCUCAACUUUUAAGAAAAGUAUCACAACUGGUUUGCAAGAUACUGUUGAGGCUUCGUCAAUAAUCAAACAUAUUUUCAGAUUAUUUUCAAUAAUUUUAGUAAAUAAUUGUUUUUUAAUUUCUCUUGCAAUGAAAUCAACUAUUUUCACUGCAGUUUUACUUGAAUGUAAUCCUAUUCCCAUAUCUAAUCCAUUUUUAAUUUGCAUUUCUAUCUCAUCUUCUGUGUCUGAAAAUGGUUUACAUCUUUGUGCCAGGCUGUAAACUGUAUUAAAUACUCUACAAG